GGGCUUCUGAAAGUGACGUCAGGGCCUAUUCAAGCCAGCCGCACAGGCAGGGUGUCCGUGGUACAGGUGGUAGUUCCGUAGGUCUGAGAAAUUGGUCCGAGGUGAGUGGUCGUGCUGUGGUCGCAGAGGCUGCCGCUUCGUGAUGGCGAGCAAGACCGAGCGCGAGAAGCAGAAGCAGAUACAAGACAAGUGCCAGGCCAUUUUGGGCCAACUUCUUCGGGAAGAGGACAACAAAUACUGCGUUGACUGCGACGCUAAAGGACCGCGAUGGGCCUCGUGGAACCUGGGCAUGUUCCUUUGUAUUCGUUGCGCGGGCAUACACCGGAAUCUUGGUGUCCAUAUAUCACGGGUCAAGUCAGUCAACCUGGACACCUGGACUCCCGAGCAGGUGGCCUGCCUCCAGCAGAUGGGCAACAGCAAGGGAAGAGCAGUGUAUGAAGCUAACCUACCAGACAACUUUAGACGUCCUCAGACAGACUCGUCCCUGGAGGCCUUCAUCCGCUCAAAGUAUGAGCAGAAAAAGUACAUAGCCAAAGAGUGGGUGCCACCUCCCAUGCCACCUCCUGCUUUCGACAUUGAGCAAGAGCGUCGCAGGGAGAAGGACAAAAAACCCCAAAGCCAAAAGCAUCCACUGGUGAUGUCUCGGCACCUACAGUGAACAAGGUUGUGCUGCCAAGACCUCAGAGUACUGCUACGCCUGUCCCUGUUGUCAACGCCUCUCAAAACACGGCUGACUUACUUGGCUCGG